CACGGACAGCGUCGCACGCUGUCGGCUCGCAACCGUGACCACUGUGGGAGCUAUAAGCGGCUUGCAGGGGGAGUAUGACCUCGCAGGCACCAAUCUUCAUGAGCACGCUAUAUGUCGACACCAACGAAGCCAGCACUACGUGUCUUUCUGCUGGGAUGCGUCGCCUUCGGAGCCUUCAUUUGCAUUCAGAAGAGGGCAAACGUACAAUUUGCCCAUCUGGACCAGACGUCUCAAGACGACGCUACCGAAUCCACCACGGAACGAAACGCAGCAGAAGUACUCCAUAUAAAGAAAUUCAUCGUAGAAACCAGCGGCUGUUCUAUCCCGGACUUUGAUCUUUUCGACAUCAGCGUCAAAGGUUUUUAUAAAAAGGUCGGACAGUACCCGUGUCCUAGCAAAGUGUCAUUCAUACGGAUGGUCAACUUGACGGUACCAGUCGCUGACGAAGCGGUACUCAAGAAAAACUUCGGGUACACUCUCAAAGACAUUAAUUGCACCUACUUCGAAAUCUACCGCAAUGAAUCGCUGGCUGUGCCGGACAAGAAGUACUUCUACAACAAAGAGGUACCUUUCGUCUUUGGCUCGCCACUUAAAUCGGAGUACGGCUACGUGGGAUGCAAGUCGAAAGGGAAUGUGUUCCACGAGGAGUUUCUUCUGGUGCCCUUACUGAAGAAAGACGUCGAGGAACAGUGCAAGACAAUCGAGGCCAAGCUCAACUCGACGCUUCCACGCCUCAAUGUCUUAAUCCUCGGCAUGGAUUCGGUGUCUCGUCUGAACUUCAACCGUCACCUGCCUCUUUCCGGAAAGUUCGUCCGCGAAGUGUUGAAGGCGUACGAGUUCUUCGGCUACAACAAGGUCGGCCAAAACUCGUACCCCAACCAGACUCCACUGCUCACCGGUCUGUCGGGAGGCGAAGCGAGAAACCUGUCGGCCAACAAGUUUUUCGACGGACUCAACUUCUUGUGGAAGGAAUACAAGAAGCGCGGAUACAGGACAAUGUUCCUGGAAGAGAUGCCCAAAUACGGCCUGUAUUCAUACGUCGGCAACGGCUUGAAGCGUGCUCCUACCGACUACUAUACCAGGCACGCGGUGAUGGCGAUCGACAAGUCCUGGUUGAAGACAAAGAAAAAUGGAGGCUACUGCGUCGGUUCCAAAGUGCCAAUGACGCUGUAUCUGGACUACUUCCUGGGGCUGACGGAAGUGUGGAAAGACCGUCCCUUCUUCGCGUACGUCUGGAUGAGCGAAUUGGCGCACGACCAUCUCAACAUGGCCGGACACAGCGACACUCCUUUCCUCAACGCCCUCCGAGCACUCCACGAACGCGGUGUCCUGAACAACACGGUUCUUGCUUUCAUGAGCGACCACGGACUGCGCUUCGGUGGCCUUCGUAACACGUACAUCGGUCGGUUUGAGGACAGCUUGCCCUUCGCGUUCCUCGCGUUUCCCGAGUGGUUCCUGCGGCAGUAUCCGGAUUAUGCCAGGGCCCUAAGCAUCAACCAGAAACGACUGACGACUCACUACGACAUGCACGCCACUUUUCUUCAGCUGCGCGAUUUCCCGCGUAUGACCCAAACGAACACCAAGCGUGGGCUUAGCCUGUUCUACGAGGUUCCGGAGAAUCGCACGUGCGCCGGUGCCUCUGUGCCGAGCCAGUUCUGCACCUGCGUGGAGCCACUGCCAUUCCCCGAUGCCCAUCCUCUGGCACGCCAGGUGGCCACCUUUGUUCUGAGCGAAGUGAACAAGUUGAUACGAAAGGAGCUUAAAGGAAAAUGCGAGGAGUGGAAAUUAAAAGAAGUGGUUAGCAUACGCUUUUAUAACCCCGAGGAACAGAAGUCAAACAAGACAAUCACCGACUACUGGAUCCGUGUAGCCGCCAGUCCAGAUGGAGGCCUCUUCGAAGCCACUGUCAGGCAUAAUGUGGACUGGAAGGCAUCCACGUUUACCAUGGUCCAGCAACCAGAUAGAGUGGACUGGUAUAGUUCUCACGCGAAGUGCGCGAAAGAAAACUCUUUAGCGAAGUAUUGUUACUGUAAGAAAUCGUGACAGGUGAAGACGUCUUGGCAGUAUCUGUGAUGGGGACGGCUGAGGUCGAAGUGGUGCUUAAUAAGGCAGCGUUCAGUGAAGCUGUGUACCUCUGCCAGGCCACAGACUAGACAAUGCCUCUUUGACUCAACAAAGGCCUGCUCGAAGCCACCUAACCCCCGUUUGGUCACGUGGACAUGUUGGCAGGUUGGAUGGUGGCGUGUAAUUUGUAAACAAGUAAGGACGUGAUGUCGUCUGUUUCACCCAAUCGCCGCAGACGACAUUAAACACAUCAAGCCUCUGGCUAUGAGUGGCUGCUCAUAUGGCUCAAGUCGGCUCAGAUCCAUGGCUACGGCCGCUGAGAGCAUGGCCGUGAUUGGCGGGCUCUUCUACGUCACGUGAAUAAGCGACGCGUUCUUUGUGUCAAGGUGGCGUUGGCACCGGUGAUGUGCAGUGGUGCGUUUUUAACUGGGCAUUAUUAUGAAGGUACUCUCGUUAUGCAAGAACUCCUACCAGGAGGAUUUAGGCAUUUCCUACAGAGGUGUGUCAAAGCAAAAUGCAAAAUGCUUUCUCGUUUUUGCAAUUUUUGACAACGUGUGCACAUGUUACAUACAUGAAGAAAGUAUUGUCCUGUUCACGGUUUGUACAUGCCAGUAAUCUAUUUUUGAAAAAGCUUGAAAUCGAAUGCAGCACCAAGUGGCGCAGGAUAAACCAUUAUAUUUUGCUU